CGAGUUUGAACUGCUUUACCAGCCGGAUCACUCCAUUUAGAAUUAGUAAAAAAUUUCCAGGUGACGGGCGGAAACAGUUUUAAUGGAUUUUACUAAAAACCUAUUUCGAGUCUUUCUGCUUCAUGUAUUACUGGAAGGGCAGUCGGCAUCAUUCGGGGCAUCUGUGAGGUCAGGAAUUAAUGAAUGGAAAUCUGGAAAUCGACACGUUUUCCUGAAACGCGCGGAUUCUUGGUACGACGGGGAAGAUUCUGUAAAGUUUGCCAAUAGAUAUUUUAACAACUACAGGAAAAAGAGAGCUACUGGGAGCUACGAGGGCAUUAACUACAUUCCACCAGCGUCACCACUGUAUAGCACUAGUCAAGGUUUAUAUACGUCAUCUACAACGGGAAACUUAAAUGCAGCCACUACCGGAAACAGUGCACUGUCCGGAACUAACAAUAAUAACAAAAGCAAUGAUUUCAACAAUGGAGGCACACGAAUUUCCACUAACAACAAUAAUAAUGGAUGUGAAUCUGUAAGAAAUAGUGAUGACAAUGGUGGACGGGGAUGCUUACCUAACCCCUCCAUAAAUAAUAAUAACAAUAACAAUGGGAAUGCCCCAGCAACAAAUAAUAAUAACAAUAACGUCUGCAUACUAUGGGCAUCACCUAAUGCGAUUAUUAAGGUUUGACAUUACAGAAUCUAGAAACAUCAAAUAAAGAUCUUAAAUAAAAAAAACUUUACUCAA